UUUUUUUUCUUCUUCUUCUUCUUCCUUUUUUUACUCUUUCUUUUCUUUAUUUUUUCUCAUUUUACUAGUAUAACAAUGUAUCAAACUGAUCCUCACCCAGAUCCUUAUGCCAAUCAAUAUCCUCCUCCACCUCCCUUAACAUCUGAACAUCAUACUGGUUAUGGUUCUCCACCACCAGUUCCUCAAACAACUAACAACACUUAUAUUCCACCACCUCAACACACAUAUACACCACCUCUUCAACAACAUGGUUAUCCUAUCGAUGGUCAACAUCAUACAUCCACUUCGAUACCGCUUGUAGAUAGGCAAAGUAUUGCUGGAGUAGGUCACCAACCUAGUUACGACAAUUAUCAUUCAGUACCGAUGACCAAUGAUCCUCACGUAGUAAAUAUGGGUGAAUAUCAAACGGCAGCACAAGGUGAACAUAUGUACAAUAAUCAACAUACGAUGGCACGACAGGAAGACUAUUAUGCGGAUUAUCGAGAUGAACCUGAUUCUCAUACGCCUAUGGUUCAACCUUCAGAACAAAAACAAUAUUCCAUUCAACCUGAAGAUCAAGAAGGAUACAAAAGGCCUAUUCAGUCAAACAAUAACAAGAAUAAGAAAUAUAUGACACCAGGACCAAUGAUGGCACCAGAAGAUGAAGCUGAAUCUUAUCGACCUAAACAAUAUCGACAUGACGACGAUCGACGAGGUGGAUGUAAUUGUUGCUGCUACAAUCCGGCUAUGACAUGUUGUUCGUGCUUUUGUUUCCUUAUCUCUUUGGCGUUCUUGGCAGCUGGGAUUGCACUGAUGAUUGCUGCCAAGGUGAUCGGAGACAAGUGUAAUACUCAAUGUGGUGAUGCGGUGGACACAGCUAAAUCUUAUGGUGUGAAUGCUCAGCCUUGUGAUGCUAUUUGUGGAAAAGUGGUUCAUGAUGGUAUGUUCUAUGGUGGUAUUGCUGUUGCUGUUCUGGCUGGGAUUGCUGCGAUUUGGAAGAUAUUUAUGUGGAUGUGUGCUGCUGGCUCAAGAAGAUGAAGGAUUUGAAAUGACUUGGUUACUUUUUGGUUGUAUAUAUAUAUAUAUAUAAAAGAAGAAAGAUUCAUAAACACAAUCGUAUUAGUUAUUCAUUCUAUCUCUUCUGUUCUGUAUUUUUAGUCAUAUAUCAUUUAUUUUACUUUUAGU